UUUAAUUUAAUGUUCCAUUAAAAAUUGCUCUCUAUCUCUCUCCAAUCGCAAGCUGCAAGUGGUAGUGGGUUGCAGAAGAAUCUUCCUUCAACGUUGUCAACGAUGAGUCGUCGUCUUCUCCUUGCUCUCGUUGUUCUUCUUCUUCAUCUAUGCAUCCUUUCUGCAGCAGUGGGUGACGAGAUCGUGUCGAGAUUUCAGGAGUAUCUCCGAAUCGACACGGUUCAUCCAAAUCCAGAUUACUACAAAGCCGUUGACUUUAUAAACACUCAGGCCAAAUCACUCUCCCUCGAAUCUCAGACGACUGAGUUCGUUAAGGGAAAGCCGCAUAUCCUCCUCAAGUGGGUUGGCUCCGACCCAACUCUACCUGCCCUUCUACUCAACUCCCACACCGAUGUCGUUCCCUUCGAGGAAUCCAAGUGGAUCCACCACCCACUCCAAGCUCACAUGGACAAGGAGGGAGACAUAUAUGCGAGAGGUUCUCAGGACAUGAAGUGCGUUGGGAUGCAGUAUCUGGAGGCCAUACGCAAGCUCCAGGCUUCUGGCUUUCACCCAAUCCGAUCCGUCUAUCUCUCCUUCGUCCCCGAUGAGGAGAUCGGCGGCCACGAUGGAGCCGAGAAGUUCACCGAAUCUCACCUCUUCAAGACCUUGAACGUCGGUAUCGUGCUCGACGAAGGUCUGCCAUCGCCUAGUAAGAGUUACAGAGUAUUCUAUGGAGAGAGGAGUCCCUGGUGGCUUGUGAUUAAGGCUAAAGGACCCCCUGGCCACGGUGCCAAGCUCUAUGACAACUCUGCCAUGGAGAAUCUCCUCAAAAGUAUUGAGAGUAUUCGUCGAUUCAGAGCUUCCCAAUUCGAUCUUCUCAAAGCUGGUGGCACUGCUGAAGGCGAUGUCGUCUCCGUCAACAUGGCCUUCCUCAAGGCUGGCACACCCUCCCCAACUGGUUUCGUGAUGAAUCUGCAACCUUCUGAGGCUGAAGCUGGUUUCGACAUUCGUAUCCCUCCCACCUUUGAUUCUGAAUCACUUGAAAGACGUUUGGUGGAGGAAUGGGCUCCCGCCGCACGCAACAUGUCCUUUGAGUUCAAGCAGAAGCAUUCGGGGGAACCGCUACUUACAGCAGCAGAUGAUUCAAAUCCUUGGUGGAGGCUCUUGGAAAAUGCUGUCAAGGAAGCUGGAGGUAAAACUAGUAAGCCUGAGAUUUUCCCUGCAUCAACAGAUGCUCGCUACUUCCGGAUGGCUGGCGUUCCCGCGUUUGGCUUCUCUCCCAUUUCAAACACCCCUAGUUUGCUUCAUGACCACAAUGAGUAUUUGGGUAGAGCUGAGUAUCUGAAGGGGAUUGACGUGUAUGUUUCAAUUAUCAAAGCUUAUGCAUCAUAUGAAAGCAAGAGUGGUUCACGAGAUGAGUUAUAAAAAGGUCCACUUAUAGUUUGCGCAUCAAGUCUUUCUGUAACAACAAUCAAUAAGAUCUGAACCCACCAUGCUGUUGUAAAAUCAGACAAAACAUGUUAUUUUCAACUUUAUGUGAUGUAUCUUUCUGUU